UGCUAUUGAAGCUGUUGUGUUAUUGCCCUUUCAUCGCUACAACGCGGCUUACAAGUAAUCACGUUUCGCGCGUAAAUCUCGAAGUUUUCCCCGUCACUACCAUUUAAAAUCGCGUUUUCACAAUGGACUGCGAGAAAGAUGUACUGCGUAUUCAGAAGAAGCUGGAUAAAAUUGUGAAAGAAGAAUUGGGCCAAGAUGAGGCGUUGGAUUAUCUAAAAGCUCUAAAAGAUCUACCUAUCAACUUAGCUGUCCUGACAAGCACUAGAAUUGGUAUGACCGUCAAUGCUAUUCGAAAGAAAAGUGAAAAUGAUGAAGUCAACAAUCUUACAAAAGCCCUAAUAAAAAAAUGGAAAAAACUUCUACCUGGAUCAGCUAACCCAAAAGAAGGCAUGAAAGAGGAAAGCAAGGCAUUAGAUAAAGUCAAAGAACCACCGAAAGAGAGCCAAACUCCAAUUAAAGAAUCAGCCAAAGAUAAAAAGGGAUCAUCUAGCAAUGUCCAAUCAUCUUUCCCCGCUCUACCAACAACCACUACCGACUCUGUUCGACUUAAAUGCAGAGAGAUGUUGUGUGCUGCAAUCAAAGGAGAUGGAGUUGCUGUAGAUGGUGGGGGAGAUCCUGAAUAUCUGGCUCAGAUGCUAGAAGAAUGCAUUUUCAAAGAAUUCAAAAAUACAGAUAUGAAGUACAAGAACAGAGUUAGAAGUCGAGUCUCUAACCUGAAAGAUACCAGAAACCCUAACCUGCGCCUCAAUUUCCUCUGUGGUCAAGUCAGCCCUGCUCGUUUGUCAAAUAUGACAUCUGAAGAAAUGGCGUCAGAUGAAAUGAAGAAUAUUCGUCAAAAGUUCACGAAGGAGAGCAUCAAUGACGCUCAGUUGGCCACCGUUCAGGGUACACAAACCGAUCUCCUCAAGUGCGGCAAAUGCGGCAAACGCAAUUGCACUUACAAUCAGGUCCAAACACGAAGUGCUGAUGAACCGAUGACAACGUUCGUUCUCUGCAACGCGUGUGGCAAUCGAUGGAAAUUUUGCUAAAAACCCCAUGUUCACUAAUAAUGCUUAAAAAAAAAGUUCUUUACCUACGUUUGAUUAAGACAAAGCCUCGACUCCAUUUGACUAACCUUUCUUAGCCCAUUUUUUUUCUCUCCAUAAAGCACCUCAGAAGUGGAAAAGCAAAUUUGGAUUUUCCCUCUUCAGCUCAAUAGAGUCGUUUAUUGCAUUAGUGGCUCUAUAGUAAAAACUGACUGAAUACAAAACCGUAAAAUCGAA